CACCAUCCAUCAACCUCUGGCGCGCGGUACGGGAAUGGAUGGAACUACUUUGUAUGCGAGGAAUUCGAGGGCUGGCGAUCAUGGAAGCCGAAGAUCCAGGGGCCAUGGCAAUGUAUAAGAGUUUCCCUGCCGCCCCACGUUUUUCUUUUCCUCGCAGGCAAGUCCUACACGACUAACAUUCGUUUACUUCGUCCACUUUCACUCUUUUCCAACCACAUUCAUUCAUUUGUCGUGAUCCGGGAUCACCUACUUGCUUUGUACAAUGUUCUCCAAGACCAUCCUCGCUUCCUCCCUCAUUGCGGCUGUGUCCGCUCAUCAGAACUUCCACCAGUUCUGGGUCAAUGACGAGACUCCCGGCUACCAGGUCGGCAUCCGGAUGCCGCCGUCCAACAGCCCCGUGACGGAUGUCACGAGCGAAGAUAUCGCAUGCAACGUCAACGGACAAACCGGCGUGGCCGACACUGUUGCCGCCAGCGAAGGCGACACCAUCAAGGUUCAGUGGGAUCAAUCUGGCCACCCUGGCCCAAUCACCCACAUGCUCUUCGGUCCCGUUGACAGCGCGAAGGCUGCGACCGGCGUUGGUUCGUGGUUCAAAAUCGACGAACUCGACUACGUUGACGGCAAGUGGGCCAACGAGAUUAUGGGCGCGGCCAACAUGACGCACGAGUUCAAGCUUCCUACGGGUCUGCCCAGCGGCGAGUAUCUCCUUCGUUCGGAGAUGCUUGCGCUUCACGGCGCGCAGACCGUCGGCGGAGCCCAGUUUUACAUUGGCUGCGCUCAGCUCAAGAUCACCGGCACCGGCAGUGACGGCGCUUGCGGUCCUGAGAUCAAGCUCCCCGGUGCGUACAACGCUGAAGAUGCCAACAUCUACAUCCCCAACGUCUACAACGGCUUCGACCCCACCAACUACACUGCCCCGGGAGGACCUGUUGGCAGCUGCGGCGGCUCUGGCUCCACCGCGCCUGUGUCGUCCAAGCCCUCUAGCAACAGCACCACACCUGCGACCUCAGCCGCCGCUGCGUCGAGCGCUGCUGUAUCCACAAGCGUCAGCAUCGCCUCCAAUGUUGCUGUAUCCGAUGUAGCCGCUCCCACCUCGAGCGCCCCGGUUGCUUCCGUCACAGCUGCCCCUGGCGGUAACACCACUGCCUCCGCCCUUCCCAGCCUCGUCUUCCCCAGCACGUUCCAGACCUCGGUCGUUGCUGCUCCCAGCACUUUCCAGACCUCCGUCAUCGCUGCUCCUACCAACAACACUGCUCCUUCUGCCCCAAGCUCCACUGGCUCUGUCGGAACAAUAAAGAAGUAUGGCCAGUGCGGUGGCAGAAACUAUCUUGGUGCUACGAGCUGCGAGAGUGGUUCGACCUGCACUGUGAUGAACGACUAUUACUCGCAGUGCGUGUAAGGGUGUCGAUGGGACACGGGUGGCGGAGCAUAGGACAUUACUGAUGGUGAUGGAGAACUAACUUCUUGUAUAUAUAUAUCAUACUUUCUCUGGUCCAAACAAUAUAGGCCUGUACAUUCUUCAGCCACUUCC